UUUGGGAAAAUAAAUUUGGAAGCCGGGUGGGGGGAAACAUUGACUGAAGUUCGGUCGAGUUAAUGUGACUGUAACCCGGAUUUUCCAUCCACUUGGGUGUUCUGCAGGGGAGCAGCCGUGCCGCCGGCUCACUGGUGCUAACCCCAGGGACCUUGCUACUUUCUGCAAGACACCGAUUCGAAACGUUUGGCUGCCUCAUUAUCGGGUACUUAAACAGAACUCGUGGAGCAAACUACCUCCGUCCAGAAGGUCCGAGUGAGACUUUCCAUUAUUUUUGCUGCGAAGGUUAUAAUACUUGGGGGGUGGGCUCGGGUCGUCGACUGGUUGCCUGGCAGCGGCGGCUACCACAAAACAACCCAGGCUUAUAAAGGAGCCGCUGUGUUUGGGACACGCUGCCUUAACAGAAGUAACGACCGUGCAAUAGUCACAUUUCAUCCAGGCACAGUUUCUCGCCGGACGAACAAUGUCGGCGGUCGUAAGAGGGUUUCCUUCUUAUUUCUUAUAGUGAAGCGGCAGUCGAGCGUGUAGGUGGGGUGCUGGGGAGCAGAAGGCUCCUUUCAGCAGCCGGAGACCGGGCAGGAGCGCAGCUGCACAGCAAAGAAAACUCCAAGGCAACUGAAGAGACUACUAGCUCAGUUUGAACAUCCGGCCUGGAGAUCUUGUUUGAGGGCAAAUACAAAGGAGAGAAGUCCUCUCUGAGCGCUGACAGAGGAGGCUGCACCACCACAUCCUGGCAGCCUCGUCUUUGGUCAUCACCAGGGUCAGUGCCAUCUCCACUGGUCUUGUGGAAUGGCCAGCAUUGCCAAAAGUAGGCCAGUGGAUGACCUUCUCUGCUGCUCCCACGCUACAAUUUGGAAAAGCGCCCUGGUUGCUGUCUGACAUUAGACUGCUCAAUCCCUUUUGAGAAAGGAAUCCAGCUCUUUCCAGGAGAAGACUGCGACCGCUUCUGUGGGGAUGCCAGGACAUCCAUGGCUCACCAACAGAGUACCAGCAUAUCCACCAUCACCAAGGUGAAACUACUGGCUUCCCCAGAUGCCACAACUGUGACCUCUAAGGCUGAAUGUAUGGAGGCCUCAGGAACCAUUGACAAGGCUGCCUCCUGCACUUCUCACCAUCUUGGAUUCUGAUAACUCAUUAGUCUUAGGAAGCUUAUUUUUGCAGCUAAAUAGAGGAUUGAUCACAAGAGAAAAUAGGAACAAGAGAAUUUUCAUAAAGUCAUCCAUUCAUUGAAAACCACUUGCUGUUGAUAUUUGAUAUCAAUUAUUAGAGGGAAAGUAGUUCUUUAGGAUGCUGCGCUUCGAUUGAGAUGAGUGCACCCUCUGCUAUGCACAUUGGUCUAGCUUGCAGUCUGCUUCUAUUUCAUUGGAGAUCAACAUGUUGCUUGAGCAAUACAGUUUAAAUGUGCUCCCUCAGCUGCACCUUGCUGACUGUGUGCCAGUUAAUUGAGAGUUGAAAAGCAUAAUUGCUUAUUUCUACGUGGCAAGACACAAUGAGGAGAAGAAGAUACUUACUUAAUCGAACUGAUGAUAUCCCUGUCAAACAAAAGUCAACUGACUGGCUCUAUGAGUCGUAUUACUGCAUGAGCCAGCAGCAUCCUUUGAUUGUUUUCUUGCUUUUGAUUGUGAUGGGAGCCUGUUUGUCACUACUGGCUGUCUUCUUUGCUUCAGGGCUGGAUAUUGAAGACCAUGUGGCUUUCCUAAUAACUGUUCCAACAGCCUUGGCUAUAUUCCUCACUAUUUUUAUUCUGGUCUGUGUGGAGUCUGUUUUCAGAAAACUACUACGUGUGUUCUCCCUUGUUGUUUGGGCAUGUCUGGUUGCAAUGGGUUACCUCUUCAUGUGCUUUGGCGGAAUAAUUUCUCCUUGGGACCAGGUAUCCUUCUUCUUAUUCAUUAUCUUUGUGGUUUACACCAUGCUACCCUUUCGUAUGCGAGAUGCUGUUGUUGCCAGUAUGCUGACAUCAUCCUCCCAUACUAUAGUGCUCAGCGUCUGUCUAUCAACCACAUCUGUCAUAAAGGACAACUUGGUUUGGCAGAUCAUGGCCAAUGUCAUCAUUUUCAUCUGUGGAAAUUUGGCAGGAGCCUAUCACAAGCACUUAAUGGAACUUGCCCUGCAGCAGACAUAUCAAGACACAUGCAAUUGCAUUAAGUCACGUAUCAAGCUUGAAUUUGAAAAACGCCAACAGGAGCGUCUGUUACUGUCAUUGCUUCCUGCACAUAUUGCCAUGGAGAUGAAGGCUGAAAUCAUUCAGCGAUUACAAGGACCAAAAUCUGGUCAUUGCCAGUUAGAAAAUACAAAUAACUUUCACAAUUUGUACGUGAAGAGGCACACAAAUGUGAGCAUAUUGUACGCUGACAUUGUGGGUUUUACACGCCUGGCUAGCGAAUGUUCACCUGGAGAGCUUGUGCACACACUCAAUGAGUUAUUUGGCAAAUUUGAUCAAAUUGCAAAGGAAAAUGAUUGUAUGAGGAUCAAGAUUUUAGGGGACUGCUACUACUGCGUUUCUGGUUUACCAAUAUCUCUGCCAAACCAUGCCAAAAACUGUGUUAAAAUGGGGUUGGACAUGUGCGAAGCCAUAAAGAAAGUAAGGGAUGCCACAGGAGUUGAUAUAAACAUGCGUGUAGGAGUACAUUCUGGGAAUGUUCUUUGUGGAGUCAUUGGAUUACAGAAAUGGCAGUAUGAUGUCUGGUCACAUGACGUUACUCUAGCAAAUCACAUGGAAGCUGGAGGUGUUCCAGGGCGUGUCCAUAUCACUUCUGUCACAUUGGAGCAUUUAAAUGGAGCUUACAAAGUGGAGGAUGGUAACGGCCAUAUCCGAGACCCCUAUCUAAAGGAGCACAACAUCAGGACACAUUUAGUAAUUAACCCAAAGGUGGAGAGACGUAGCCCUCAACAACAUUACAGACAUAGGCACACUGCAGAUGGAGCCAAAAUGAGAGCCUCUGUUCGUAUGACCAGAUAUCUGGAGUCCUGGGGAGCAGCCAAACCCUUUGCACAUUUACACCAUCGAGACAGUAUGACAACUGAAAAUGGAAAAAUCAACACAGUUGACGUACCAAUGGUUCAGUACCAUUUUCAUCGACGCACAGAAAGAACAAAGUCGCAGAAAAGGAGAUUCGAGGAGGAAUUAAAUGAGAGAAUGAUAAGAGCUAUUGAUGGAAUUAAUUCACAAAAACAGUGGCUAAAAUCUGAUGACAUUAAAAGAAUUUCCCUUUUCUUUCACAAUCAAGAAUUAGAGAAAGAGUAUCGAGCAACUACACUUCCAGCCUUCAAGUACUAUGUCACCUGUGCUUGCCUCAUAUUUUUCUGUAUCUUCAUCGUUCAGAUUCUGGUGUUGCCAAAAACGUCUAUUCUUGGGAUUUCAUUUGGAACUGCUUUCCUUACCCUUGUCUUCAUUCUCUUCACCUGUUUUGCAGGACAGCUUCUACAAUGUAGCAAGAAGGCUUCAGCAUCCUUGGCGUGGAUUUUGAAAUCUUCUGAGAUAAUUGCGAACAAACCUUUACCACGGCUUACACUCACAAUAACAACCACUACAGUUAUAUUAGUUAUGGCCAUAUUUAACAUGUUCUUCUUGAAGAAUUCUCUGGUACCUUCUGUUAAUAGCACAAAUUCAAGUUUUCAGUUUACAAAUGGGAAGGCCCUGUGGUUUGUGCAUAAUGACUAUUUUUUCUUGCCAUAUUUUCUAUACAGCUGUAUUUUGGGAUUGAUGUCAUGCUCUGUGUUCCUGCGUGUCAACUAUGAGCUGAAGAUGGUCAUGAUGCUGAUUGCUGUGGUAGUUUACAAUGUAAUUCUUCUGCAAACCCAUUCCUCACUCUUCGAUGAUUAUAGCAAAAUGCUAUAUACAACUGUAAAGAUAGAGAGACCUGGUGUGCUGAAGGAUCUGAAGACAAUGGGUGUAAUUUCUCUUUUUAUCUUCUUCAUCACACUUUUGGUCCUGGCCAGACAGGAGAAGCGAUCACACAAUAUCAGAGAGAACCAGAUAGCCCACCAGUUAUGCUGCAGAAGAAGGUGCACAGGAGAUAGAAAGACUCUCAGAUUGCUUGGCCAUAAACAAGCGCUGCAAGUAGCCCUCGGGAACUGGUGCUGGAGAAGGAUAAAGAUUUCUCAGAGAAGAUUCGGCACCAGUAGUCACAUGGUGAUGCACAUAUCACAAAAUGAAUAUUACUGUAGGUUAGAUUUCCUGUGGAAGAAUAAAUUCAAAAGAGAAUGCGAAGAGAUAGAAACCAUGGAAAACCUCAACAGAGUAUUGUUGGAAAAUGUGCUUCCUGCUCACGUAGCUGAACAUUUCUUGGCUCAGAACUGGAAAAAUGAAGAUCUUUACCAUCAGUCCUACGAAUGUGUCUGUGUCAUGUUUGCAUCCAUCCCAGAUUUCAAAGAAUUCUAUACAGAGUCAGAUGUAAAUAAAGAAGGCUUGGAAUGUCUACGAUUACUGAAUGAAAUUAUUGCUGACUUUGAUGAUCUAUUGUCCAAACCUAAAUUCAGUGGAGUAGAAAAGAUCAAAACUAUUGGGAGCACAUAUAUGGCAGCAACAGGGUUAAGUGCUGCCACAGUUCAGGAGUUCAGCCAGGAAGCGGAUAGACAGUACACACACAUUGGAACCAUGUUGGAAUUUGCAUUCGCACUCAUGAUAAAACUUGAUGUGAUCAACAAGCAUUCUUUCAACGACUUUAAGUUGCGUAUUGGUAUUAACCAUGGCCCUGUUAUUGCUGGAGUGAUUGGAGCUCAGAAACCACAGUAUGAUAUCUGGGGUAAUAGUGUUAAUGUGGCAAGCAGAAUGGACAGCACAGGAGUCCUUGGCAAAAUACAGAUAACAGAAGAAACCAGUAACAUCUUACAAACACUUGGCUACAAUUGUACAUGCAGAGGAAUAAUAAAUGUCAAAGGGAAGGGAGAACUGAAAACAUACUUUGUAAAUACAGAAAUGACACGGUCAUUAUCACAAGGAAAUCUGGUGACCUAAUAAACAGAAGAUUCAACAUCAAAGAUCACAUGUUCAGCAGCAAAGUGCGAUAUGCCUUUGAAAGAGUAUUCUGAAUAUAUAAUUUGUACAUAGUUUGAUUCCAUCCUUAGCUGCACAUACAUUGCCUAUGUUUUGGAUAUGUAGAGCUACUUGCAUCUAAACUCUUAGGUUUAGAAACUCUCACAUUGGCUGUGGAAACCCUAUUUGCUACAAUUGAGCAAACUAUAAGAAUCACAAGGACUUAACUUUACAAAAGUGUUAUGCAUUUAAAGUCACAUUGUUUUGUAAUAACUAAUUC